AAUUGCGCCAAUGGCGACAGAGAACAUUGCUUUACCCCCAAUUAAAAUGUUGGAAGGGGGUUACAGACGCUCCUCUCGUGCGAUCCGAAGCGGGAUGAAUCAAUAUUAAUGAGGUACGGAAUCGGAAGAAUGAAAACACGCCAAUGGUAACACGGCGGAGACGCUUGUUCUCGGCAGUUGUUGAGAAAAAGUCGGGAACCAUCUCUCAUCGCGACCUCUUGUGGCGGUUGUUUUCUCCCAGCUCGAGAGCCUCUCGCGUUUGGCACGCGGGUUUUCUCCAAAUGUAACGCACUUCGGCUAAAAACACUGCUGUUCUCGUUUUUAACGGACAAUGCUUUCAAACGUUUCACGGGAUUAAUACGAAACGAAAGGGACGAACUGUUAUAACGAACGAACGACGCAACUGGAUUUUUAUCCCUUGAGUUUUUUUCAGGGUUUUUUUAUUUUUUUUUAAAUAAUGGCAUACGCCCACCUUGCUUUCCCGGCCACGACAGCGAAUCUACAAACAUCUCAGAUGCCGAGUUCGAGCAGCACCCCGACCCCCCGGGCCUGCUGUGAGAACGGCCGCCCCAUCAUGACCGACCCCCACACCGGGCAGACCAUCUGCUCCUGCCAGUACAGCUCCGCCCUGCUCAACUACCAGCGACUUCCUGGUCUCGCCUCUAACCUCCUGGGAGGGGCGGGGUACGGUGGAACCGCCUCUCAGGGGUACGUGUCGCUCGGCUCGGAGGGAUCCGCGUUCUACAGCCCCCUCGGCUCGACGGCUGGCACGGUCCGGGAGACAGCGGAGGCGUGGCGUUCCCUCACCCAGCCCGCGUUCUCGUAUGACCCCUCGGCCAUGAGCUUCUACCCUUAUGGCGCCAGUUACGGUGGUCUGGACUUGAACGCGAGACGUAAGAACGCUACCCGCGAGAGCACCAACACGCUAAAGGCGUGGCUACAGGAACACAUCAAGAAUCCCUACCCCACCAAGGGAGAGAAGAUCAUGCUGGCCAUCAUCACGAAGAUGACCUUGACCCAGGUCUCCACGUGGUUCGCCAACGCCCGGCGACGGCUGAAGAAGGAGAACAAGAUGACGUGGACGUCGCGAAACCGAGGCGAGGACGACGACGGCGACAAUUCCGGUGACGAAAACGACGACGACAACGACGGCGACGAAAAGAAGCUUGAUGGCGAACUGGAUGGAAAAGCCAGUCAAGGUUGUGAAGAAAAAAACGAAGACAUCAAUGUCGAAAUUGACCUAUCUCUGGAGGUCAGCAAAUCUAAAGUCCCGUCAGAACCAAUCAAAACCAAGUUCUCCAACGAUCUGUUUACCGACGAAGACUGUUUGUCUCCGGUUCCGAGUGUUGGCGAAGAUUCGCGAAGCCGUCUCUCGCCACCCCAGUCACGUGACUCAGACUCUUAUAGCAGCGAAGGACUGAAUCAUUCGGAUAUGGAACACGAUCCACAAAACAAGCCAAAAAUUUGGUCCGUGACUGACUUUUUACACAAUACGUCAUCAAAAGUGUUGGGAGGUCCUCCGAGUAUGUUCGAUAACAAAAGAAACUGUGGUGGUGGCGGUGAUUCGCAAGAUUCCAGAUUGACGCAGAACAUUCUCGGGGGCGUGCAAUCGAGCACCACUCCCGUGACGUCUCUAGGACACAACCCCUUGUUCUCAUCGUACCCCCACUCACUCGGCUACAAUUCCAGCUCCUUUCCUUACUCUCUGUCGACGUCGGGGAUGGGGAAACUUUUAUCCAGACAAGCUUUAAACCGAUUUAGUCCCUACUCGACCACGCCCAUUAGACAAACCGCCACAGACUCUGUGUUCUCCGGCCCCCGGGAUUUUAGUAUUGUCCGGGAGGGUGAGUGAGUAGCUAGGAGUGUCUAGGAUGUGUCACGCCCAGUGCAUAGACUUUAUAAUGUAUGUUUGAUUUUGUUUAUUUUUUCGUUGUAAUAAAUUGUCGAA